CAUCUCCCCAUAACCCAUCCUGGUCCCUUAUAUAAAGGCUGGAGAGCAGCUCCUCACUCUUCUUCUAUGGCCAUGGAUUGGAUGAAGCUAUUGGUUCUGCUGUUGUGGGUGUUUGGUUCUACAGCAGUGCCAGCCCAGCAAAGGAUACAGAAAAAGCAAAGAGAAAAUGAGGUUGUCCUGACCUCCUGUGACUUUAACCAGGACAGUGAUCCAUUUUGCAACUUCAGACAAGACACCAAUGACCAGAGCGACUGGACUCGACACAAGGGUCCAACUCCAACACAAGGAACCGGACCUGAUGGAGACUACCCUGAUGGAAAGGGCUACUACAUAUACCAUGAAUGUGACAACGUUUCUAAUGGUCAAAACGCUCGUCUGUUGAGCCCUACCAUCUCCUCAGAAGCAUCUAAGAUCUGUGUCCAGUUUCAGUACUACAUGUAUGGCUCGGACCAUCAAAAUGUAUUGAGGGUUCUGGUAAAAACAUCUGGUGGAGAAGAAGAGGUCUGGAAUAGAACAGGCAUUCAGAGUCCAUCUUGGCUGAAGGGUUCCAUCACUGUGUCAAAACCCAGCAGUCAGAGCGUCACUGUGGUGUUUGAGGCUCGGAGAGGUGGCACUCCGUCCUGCGACUCAGCUCUGGAUAACAUUCUUAUUACUGAGGGAGAAUGUCCGGCCUGCAUCUCUGGCUGUGAUUUUGACACCCUCGGUGACCUGUGUGAAUGGACAACUCACACUGAGAGUCCUGAAGUGUUUGGUUUUGAUCAGUGGGCUGGGCCAACAAGCACUGAAGGCACUGGACCUGACGAUGACUUCUCUAAACCUGGAUUGGGAUUGUACAUGUUGAUGGAUUCCGCUGAUGCCUCUCCUGGAGUCAGUGCUGAAAUCAGAAGUCCUGUCAUACCAUUUACCUCUGGAUGUUUGGAGCUCAGCUUCCACUAUUACCUGUAUGGUACCAGCACAACCAUGAAGCUCACUGUCCAUACCGUCACCUCAGGUGGGGGUCUUGGGCCAGUCCUAUUUAGUGUCAUGGGAAACCAGGGUCAAGCCUGGAAGCCAGCAGAAGUCCGUGUUGUGGGAAGUUCCCAAGUUCAGUUUGCAAUCGUGGGUCACUAUGGAGAAACCCCUGAGACAGACAUUGCUGUCGAUGCAGUGUGCAUCCGGACCUGCAAGGCUCUACCUACAACUCCAGUACCAACCACCCCCAAACCAACAACUCCUAAACCAACUACCCCCAAACCAACAACUCCUAAACCAACAACCCCCAAACCAACAACUCCUAAACCAACAACCCCCAAACCAACAACUCCUAAACCAACAACCCCCAAACCAACAACUCCUAAACCAACUACUCCUCGACCAACAACCCCCAAACCAACUACUCCUGGACCAACAACCCCCAAGCCAACAACUCCUAAACCAACAACCCCCAAACCAACAACCCCCAAACCAACAACUCCCAAACCAACAACUCCUAAACCAACAACCCCCAAACCAACAACUCCUGGACCAACAACUCCCAAACCAACAACUCCUCGACCAACAACCCCCAAACCAACUACUCCUCGACCAACAACCCCCAAACCAACUACUCCUGGACCAACAACCCCCAAGCCAACAACUCCUAAACCAACAACCCCCAAACCAACAACUCCUGGACCAACAACUCCCAAACCAACAACUCCUAAACCAACAACCCCCAAACCAACAACUCCUAAACCAACAACUCCUAAACCAACAACCCCCAAACCAACAACUCCUGGACCAACAACUCCCAAACCAACAACUCCUAAACCAACAACUCCCAAACCAACAACUCCCAAACCAACAACUCCCAAACCAACCACUCCUAAACCAACAACUCCUGGACCAACAACUCCCAAACCAACAACUCCUAAACCAACAACCCCCAAACCAACAACUCCUGGACCAACAACUCCCAAACCAACAACUCCUAAACCAACAACCCCCAAACCAACAACUCCCAAACCAACAACUCCCAAACCAACAACUCCUAAACCAACAACGCCCAAACCAACUACACCAACCCCACCAAAACCAUGUCCUCCUGAUGCGGAGUAUAUAGACUGUGGACCAGCUUGUAUUCCUACAUGUAUGGAGCCCUCAACUAACUGUUCUGGCUCCUGCAUAAGUGGCUGCUUUUGCAAACCUGGAUUUGUCUUCAAGGGUCGCCGCUGCGUGCCUCUGGAUAAAUGUGGCUGCUUUGAUGACAACAACAACUAUUAUGAGCCUGGGGAGAUUGUUUCUGGCGAUGGCUGUACAAAACUUUGCCGCUGUGCUGGAAACUACACCUUGGAGUGUGUUGAUAAUUCCUGUGAUCCAACUGAGGAGUGCAAAGAGGUUAACGGCGUUUCCAGCUGCUAUCCUAAAGGUACAUCAACAUGCAUAUCAUCUGGGGAUCCCCACUACACAACAUUCGACAAGCGUUAUUAUGAUUUUAUGGGGAACUGCAGCUAUCUGAUGUCUGGACUCUGUAAUGACACAACUCUGCCAUACUUUGAAGUUCAUACUGACAAUGAAAAUCGGUUUAACACGCCUAGAAUCUCCUACGUCAAGGCUGUACAUGUAUAUGUACAAUCUGUGAAGAUCUCUAUUCUCAAAGGUGGCACUGUGCAGGUGAAUGGGACCAAUGUCAACUUACCAGUUACUCCAGCCACUGGAGUUUCUGUGUUUAAGUCAGGAAAACAUUACACCGCGUCUAUGAACUUUGGUGUAACAGUUCGGUACGAUGGAAACCACUUCAUGGACAUCAAAGUGAUCAAGGACUAUCAGAACAAACUGUGUGGACUUUGUGGAGAUUAUAAUGGACAUGAUAAAGAUGACUUCCGCAAACCAGAUGGAACCUUGACAAACAGCGCCAAUGACUUUGGACACAGCUGGAAUACUGAUCCAGAGUGUAAUAAGAAACCAAAUACCACCAUUCCUGGGUGUGAUGAAGAAGAGAAGGAACUCUAUGAGAGCUCUGGAUACUGUGGCAUCCUGCUGGACAAAAAAGGUCCAUUUGCCGUGUGCCAUCCCAAAGUCAACCCCAAUAAUUACUUCAGAGACUGUGUAUUUGACCUGUGUGAGUUGGAUGGUGCCAGACCCAUCCUGUGCGAAGCCAUCGAGGCUUAUGUUAACGAGUGCCAGGACCGCGGGGUAAACAUCGGGCCCUGGAGGAAUACAACGUUCUGUCCACUGAGCUGCCAUCCCAAUAGCCACUAUGAAGCCUGUGCAGACCCCUGUCAGGAGACCUGCUUUGGAAAACCUUCCUCCUGUAGUGGACCAUGCUCCGAGGGCUGUGUGUGUGAUCCUGGAUAUGUCCUGAGUGCGGGGAAGUGUGUGAAGAAGAACUCCUGUGGAUGCAAACAUACAAAUGGGCAGUACUAUGAGCCCGGAGAGGAGUUUUUUGUGGAGGAUUGUAAACUGAAGUGCAGGUGUGAUGCCCCCUUUGUUACCUGCUUGCCCUCUGACUGCCCCCCGAUGCAUGAGUGCAGACUGCAGGAUGGAGAACUCGGCUGCUUCCCCUCCGGCUCUCAGGAUUGUGUGGUCUCUGGUGAUCCUCAUUACAACACCUUUGACAAGAAGUUCUACACCUUCAUGGGAACCUGCACCUACACACUGGCCAGAACAUGCAGAAACAACACAGGUCCGUGGUUUUCUGUGGAGGCCAAGAAUGAGGAGAGGGGCGUGGCGGGUGUGUCAUACUUGAGAAAACUCUACGUCACCGUGAACGGUAUCACUGUCACUCUGAUGAAGACCCGCCGAACUCUGGUGAACGGGGUGAGGGUUGCCCUCCCUCACUCGCCUUCCCCCCUCGUUUCUCUCAGUCUGGCUGGUCAGUACGUGACCCUGCAAACGCCCUUUGGACUGCGGGUGCGUUGGGACGGGAACCAUCAUGCUCAGAUCUCAGUUCCUAGCUCCUACCAUGACCAGAUGUGUGGUCUCUGUGGCGACUAUGAUGGAAAUCCUAACGAUGACUUCACCAAACCGGAUGGAACCCUAGCUGGAAAUGUGAAUGACUUUGGAAAUAGCUGGCAGACGGAAGAAGAUGAGGAUGACUCGUGCACCCAAGGAACUAAACCCGACCCAGACUGUGACCCGAGCCUUGAGGCGGAGGUGGUGAAACCAGAAAAAUGUGGAAAAAUCAAAGACCCUGUUGGACCCUUCAGAGAAUGCAUCAAAAUGGUCGAUCCCACUCCGUUCUUUCAAAGCUGUGUUUACGACAUGUGUCGGUUCGGCGGGCAGCAGCAUGUUCUCUGUGACCAGCUACAAGCCUACACUGAUGCCUGUCAGAGCGCUGGAGCCAAGGUCCACCCGUGGAGAACUCCAGACUUCUGCCCUCUGGUCUGUCCUCCUAACAGCUCCUACUCACUAUGCGUGAGCGGGUGUCCUGAGACCUGUCUGGGUGUGGUUGGACCUCCCGGCUGUCAGGACGUGUGUGUGGAGGGUUGUCAGUGUGAUCCAGGCUUCAUCCUCAGUAAUGACAGAUGUGUGGCCCUGAAGGACUGUGGCUGUGUGGAUGUCAGUGGGACUUACCACCCCGUGGGGGACAACUGGUACUUAGAAGGCUGUGAGCAGAAGUGCGAGUGUCACGGAGGAGGUCUGAUCCACUGCCACAACACCAGCUGUAAACCUACCACAGAGAUCUGCCAGCUGCAUGACGGGCAGUAUGAGUGCCGCCCUGUGGGUUCUGGGAUCUGCUCCGUCUCUGGUGAUCCUCACUACACCACCUUUGAUAAACACACCCACCAUUACAUGGGAGCCUGCUCCUACACACUGACCAAACCCUGCAAUUCCUCCUCUGAGCUUCCGUACUUCACGGUGGACACUCAGAACGAGCACCGAGGGAGCAACAGAAAAAUUUCCUACGUCCGAGCCGUGGUGAUCCAUGUGAACGGUGUGAGCGUUAUCCUUGGGAAGGGGCGCACGGUUCAGGUUAAUGGAAAAGUGGUGGUACCACCUGUCACCUCCAUCGGUGGACUCAAGAUCUACAUGAGUGGAAAGUUUAUAGUUCUGGAGACGACGUUUGGUCUGAGGGUCCGGUUUGAUGGGAACCACCAUGCAGAUGUCACGGUUCCUACCACCUACAGCGGCCUGCUCUGUGGCAUGUGUGGAAAUUUCAAUGGAAACUUCAAAGAUGACAACCUGAAACCGGAUAAUACAGCAGCUUCAAACAGCAAUGAGCUGGGAGACAGCUGGGAGGUGCCUGAUCCGAGACCCGAUUGUACUAAUGGUGGAGGGCAGGAGGACUGUGAUAAGCAGGUGGAGGAGGAAGCCAAGAAGCCCACAAGUUGUGGAAUCAUCACUGAUCCUAACGGGAUCUUUAAGGCGUGCCACUCGUUCGUCCCCCCUGAGUCCUUCUUUGGAAACUGUGUGUAUGACCUGUGUGCAACAGGAGGUCAGACCGUGGCUCUGUGCCAGGCCUUAGAGAGCUAUGCUGACAUGUGCGCUGCUGCAGGAGUUCCCAUCUCCUGGAGGAACAACACCUUCUGCCCACUAAAGUGCCCUCCAGGAAGUCAUUAUGAACCAUGUGGCCCUGCUUGCCCCCAGCCCAGCUGUCAGGAUCCUGCAGGCUCAGGUGGUUCCUGUAACCAACCCUGUGUGGAGGGCUGUGUCUGUCACCCCGGCCUGGUUCUCAGCGGAGACAAAUGUGUUCCAGUCAGCGAGUGUGGAUGCACUGAUGGAGACGGACAUUACCGACCGGUUGGAGACUCAUGGUUUCCAGAGAACGACUGCUCAGAGCGUUGUCGGUGUCACGGUAAUCACAACAUCACCUGUGAACCGUGGCAGUGCAGUCCUGCACAGGAGUGCAAGGUGGUGGAGGGAGUGCUGGACUGUCACUCCACAGGAAAAGGAGUGUGUCACGUAGCAGGAGACCCACAUUACUACACUUUUGAUGGAGUGAUGCACACCUUCAUGGGCACCUGCACCUACACCCUGGUGGAGGUCUGUAAUACCUCCCAGGUAACUUACUUCAAGGUGGUGGCUAAAAACGAGGAGCGAGGUCAGCCAGAGGCCUCUUACGUCCGCUCGGUUAAGGUCUAUUUACCUCAUGACACCGAGGUGGAGCUACAAAAGGCUCGCAGAGUUCUGUUGAAUGGACGGCGAGUGCGUACCCCUCUGUCUAUCGACUUGAUUGGAGCCAAAGUGAUAACCAGUGGAUCUUACAGUCUGCUGGACACAAACUUUGGUCUGCAGGUGAAGUUUGAUGGAGUCCACCACCUAGAGAUCACUAUUCCUGGAGAGUACUUUAACAAGGUGUGUGGCAUGUGUGGAAACUAUAACAGCAACAGCUCUGAUGAUAACCUCAUGCCCAACAAGAAACCAGCCAAGGACGCCAUUGAACUGGGCAACAGCUGGAAGUCAGAUGGAGACAGCGAUCCAGGCUGCAAGCCGGACACGCGUCCAGAUGUCCACCCGAACUGCACCACGGAGGAAGAAGUGUCGUAUGAGCUUCAGUGUGCCAAUGUCAUUUUCUCAGACCGCUUCAAGCCCUGCCACUCUCUGGUGCCCCCCAGUGCCUUCCUUGGUAACUGCAUCUAUGACAUGUGUGAGUACGACGGUAUGCAGGCAACACUCUGUGACAAUGUGGAGGCCUACGCCCAGGCCUGCCAGAGUGCUGGAGCCACCAUCAGCUGGAGGAACAACACCUUCUGCCCUCUGCCCUGCCCUCCCAACAGCCACUACUCUGACUGCACUGCCCCCUGCCCCCCCACCUGCUCUGAUCUCUUCCCAAUGUUCUGCCAUCUUCCUCCAACCACCUGUGUAGAGGGAUGCCAGUGUAACGCUGGCUUUGUUCUCAGUGACAGCAAAUGUGUUCCUCUGGAUAAAUGUGGCUGUCUGGACUCAGAGGGAGAAUACCACGACGUUGGAGACUCCUGGUUAACUGAUAAAUGUGCUGAGUCAUGCUCCUGUAACCUCGGCAAAAUCACAUGUGAGGACCACAGCUGUAAUGCCAACUCAGUUUGUGCCCUGGACAAGUACGGAGACCUUUUCUGUCAGCCUACCAAGUUUGAUAGGUGUACCAUCUCUGGAGAUCCUCACUACAGAACCUUUGAUGGUUUUAGCCAUCACUUCCAGGGUCCCUACACCUACGUCCUCACUCAGGACUUCAACAAGCAGACUUCCUUAGCUCCUCUUCUGGUUAGAGGGAAGAACAUUAGAAGAGGGGGCAACAGCAGGAUCUCCUUCCUGGACCAAAUCUACAUUGAUGUCUAUGGUGUCAGUGUUCGUUUCCUGCAGAAGAAAGUUGUCCUGGUGAAUGGGGAGCGUGUCAGUCCCCCUCUCAGGCCAGUCAGUGGUUUGACUAUCACCAUGAACUCCAAAGAGGUUCAGGUCUCCACAGACUUUGGACUUAGUGUACGCUUUGAUGGAAACAGCCGUGGUGAGAUCAUACUGCCCAGCACCUACAGGAACUCUGUUGGAGGACUGUGUGGAAACUAUGAUGGCAUCACUAGAAACGAGUACAUGAAGUCUGAUGGGACAGUGGUCAGAGACCUAAACGUGUUUGGAGAAAGCUGGAGAGUCAGUGACCGACAGGCUGAGGCGCCACAGUACAACCUGCAUUUUCCUGUCCAUGUUCAGAGGCGAGAGGCUGAGACGGAUCCAGACUCUGGAUUUGAAACUUCUGACUGCUCCCCAUCACAACUGGAGGACUACAACAGUGUAAGAAAGUGUGGAGCACUGUCUGACCCAGAUGGACCGUUUGCUGCCUGCCAUGCCUCUCUGCCUCCCCAAAGCAACCAGGACGACUGUGUGUUUGAUCUUUGCGCUGAGGAUGGCAGUGAUCAACUCCGCUGUGCCAGUUACGAGGCAUAUGUCGCCGCUUGUCAAGAGGCUGGAAUUAAACUGGGAUCUUGGAGGCAGCAGCUGAACUGUGCUCUGAGCUGUUCUGCCAACAGCUCUUACUCCUCAUGUAUGUCACCAUGUCCCUCUUCCUGCGCCAACCUGGCGGCACCCUCUGAAUGUGAAAUCACUUCCUGUGUGGAGGGGUGCCAGUGUGGGGCCGGUUUCGUCAUGAGUGAGGGGAUCUGCGUGCCGUAUGCUGAGUGUGGCUGCACAUUUCUCAACAGAUACUACCCUCUGAAUGAGAAGUUUGUGAGUGAGGACUGUUCCCAGACCUGUGAGUGCACCAGUACUGGGUCUGUGUGCCACCCCAAGACCUGCCAGGAUGGGUACAUCUGCACCAUCUAUGAUUUCAAACGAGACUGCUACAAAGCAAGCGCCUGUCUCGACUACCCCUGUCUGAACGGAGGGACGUGUGUGGAUAGCAGAGACCACAACUACACUUGCAUCUGUAAGGAAGGCUUCGAAGGAGUGAACUGUGAGGUGGAAGCCACCCCAAAGAAAGGCCUGGACACCAAAUGGAUCAUUCUGAUUGCAGUCUUAGUCCCAGUUGCUGUCAUUGCUCUUGUGAUGACCAUUGUGUGUGUUUGCAGGCACAAAAACAAGAAGUACAAGCACAAGGAGGGAAAUCUGACUUUGCAACAAACAAACGUUCCAUACGAAAGCAUCCGGGACAAACAACAAAGACAGAGGCAGACAAGAAUGUGACAACCAUCAGACCAAACGGACUUCUUCAUCUGACGGGAUGAAGCUCUUUAACUUAUACUUGUUUCGUGAAAUACAAAUGUUUUAUCAACAGACUAGUUUAUAAAUAAAGCGCAUGAAAAAAAUGUUUCUGUAAUAAAGCUUAAACAACGUG